UUGCCAACUGUUAGCCUAAAUUUAUAUUUAAUUUAUAUAUUUUUAUAUAAUAUAAAAAAUGAGUGUGUCCUUGUGUAUUUUGUUAAUAACCAUUGCGGGUGCAUCUGCGGGAACGCUGCCAUCCUACAUCUCACCAUGCUCGGCAUCAGACAACAAAUUGGAUCAGUGCAUAGAAAAAGUCAUCCAAUCCGCUGGCCCGCAGUUCGCUGACGGAAUCCCCGAGUUGGGGAUAGCCCCAUUGGACCCCCUCCAUUUGGGGACUGUGGUGGUCAACAGCCCUGCCCUUAAACUCGUCUUCAGUGAUACAGUUGUUACUGGAUUAAGAGGCUUUAGAUUGAAUUCUUACAAAAUAAAUCCUUCGAAAGGCAAAGCAACCAUUGACUUCACGGCAAACGUAACUCUAAAAGCGCAAUACGAGAUUGAUGGCCAAGUCAUCAUCCUGCCAAUCAGAGGUCAAGGGCCAGCCAAGAUAAAAAUCACAAACCUGAACAUCAUAAUCAAGUACGACUUCGACACGAAAGAUGGCCACUGGCUGAUCACCAACUACAAGGACAACUACAACAUGGACCGGGCACAGUUCAAGUUCAACAACUUAUUCAACGGCAACAAGGCUCUUGCGGAGACCACACACAGGUUCACAAAUGAAAACUGGGAGAUCAUAAUGCAGGAGAUCGCACCACCAGCCAUUAAGGGAAUAAUCAAGAGCUGCGUUGAAGUGGUCAAUAAAUUCUUCCAAGGCAUCCCCGCGAGAGAACUGCUACUCGCUCCUUGAAUGGAGACACAGUCCACGAUGUGAUUAAUGAAAACUGGGAGCCUGUGAUACGAGACAUCGCGCCAGUCGCCUUCGAACAAAUCAUCAAAUCCUGCGUCGACGAAGUCACAAAACUAUUCACC